GAUCCUGGUUUCCUUCUAGGCUGCAGGAGGACGCGGGCGGCGCCUCGUUGGUAGUGUCGUCCGCCAUGGGGACGGUUCGUAAAGCGCUGUUAACGGUUGCGGUGCUAGGCGCUGGUGCUGGCAUAGGCUCCAUUCUGUUUGCUCUUGUGGCUCCAGGAGAAGUAAAGAAGCAGUCGAUGCUGCAGGAGUUCCCGGAACGGGACCCGCAGCGCAGGGACGAAGCGUUCAGGACCAAGGAACUAGUGAUGGCUACCCUGAAGGAUGCCGCAGCCACGAACGAGAACAUGACCUGGAGGAAGAACUGGAUGGUUAGCGGCGGCGGCAGGUCAGCGUGACACCAGAGCUUGCCAGUGGGUGCGGGGACCUUUGCGGUGCUUUUCUUCGUGCGCCGGGCGUGAAGUCCGGAUUCAGGAGACACACUAUGACUCUACCAGGCAUAGGGAGCUGCGGACUCGAGAGUCGGAUGUGUGGAACCAAAGGAACUAAUGAAUCCAGUUUAUCGGUUAAGUGGAUUCCGAAGCUGGACAUCUAGAGAGCCGUGAGGGUCGGCGCGGUGGGCGUGCAAGACCGAAGCAGCUGCAAGCCACUCCUAGAGAGUUCUAAGUCCAAUAGGUUUUCUGACUAUUCAAAACAGGUCACGUGAACUAAGCUUGCUUCUGCAACGGCGGUAAAAGACUUUUCUAAAGUCUGUUUUUGUGUGUCCCUGGGUGUGUUGUGUGAAUGAAAAGUGCGGGCGCGCCUUGUGUGUGGAAGUCACCGAACAGCUUGAGAACUGUCCUUUAAGCAAAGUUGCAGAGGGGUCCCUUGACUGUUUCAGUGCCUCCUCUAGUUACUAUUUAACUUUAGUUAAAGGCUCUUAAGAGAAGCUGGCUGACUAGUACUGGGAUUGCUUUGUCAGUCCAGACCAUUAUUAUUAUUAUUAUUAUUUUUCAUGGAAAAUGUUAGCAUUUAAUUAACUUCCUGGCUGGUUUAAUUCAAUAGGACACAGGCACCUCCAACACCUUUAAUUUUCUCUUCAGCUCUUCUGCUGAAGAAUUUGGCCUUCACCAUGACAGGCUGCUCUUAGGGAGCUUGCCCUUCUCGAGAACUUUGUAGUAGCCCGAUUGCAGCAAAGCAACAAUGAUGGGAGCAGCCCCAGUCUUGUUUUGACCCGUGAAUCCAACCAUUCUCAAGCAUAGCAUGCCACACACCUGUAAUCCCAGUACUCGUGGUGAGGUGAGCGAUAGCAAUUUCCGCCUGGGGGUGGCAGCACACUCCUUUAAUCACAACACCUGGAGGCAGACCGAGGCAGGUGAGCUCAAGGUCAGCCUGGUCUAUAAAGGGAGUUCAAGGACAGCCAAGGCUACACAGUGAAACCCUACCUUGGAGGGGGGCGGUCAUGACUUUCUUGAGACAGCUGCUGAAAAAUGAAAAAAAUAAAAAUAAAAAAAAAAAUGGAGCAGUGCAGGGUGAUUUCUGCCUGAGUCUCAGCAUUUGGGAGUCAGAGUCAGAAUUUUAACAUGUUCAAAGCCAGCCAUGACUAUACAAUGUGUUUUAGGCUGUCCUGGAGUAGAGUUGAGAUCCUGCCACAAAAUUCCCACCAUCCCCUCAAAGCUCAGGCUCUCACUACAUAUAGGCUGUUGAAGUGGCUGUGGGUAAGGAAACUUUGAGCUAAGCCUGAGGACCUAAAUCCAAUCCCUGGAACCUACAUGGUGAAAGGAGAGAACUGACUUCUGUUUCUUCUGACCUCCACAGGCAUACAUAGUGGGUCCUCGCCCCGAGGUUUUCACUGUAAUAUUAUGCUCUCAGUCCCUGAAUCCAUUUAUAUUCUUGGAAAUGUCACCGAGAGCAUGAAUAAUGGACACAGGCAUGGUGGCAUACAAAACUCAAGCAAACAAAGAAAGCCAUUGAGUUGGAACUGCAUAGAGGUCAAGCAGGCCACAAAUCCUUUUUUUUGUUGUUGUUGUUUUGUUUCUGUUUCUUUUGCUAAGGAUUAAGCCCCAGCACCUUGGCAUGUUAAUAAAUGUUACCUAUGGCUGAGCUCCACCUCUAGCUCACAUACAUAUAUGUGUGUGUGUGCAAGUUUAAAACACAUACUUUUCACUGGGGAAGGUUCUUUUUUUGUGUGUCUGGGUAGCCCAGGCCAGCUUUAAACUUGAGGUGUCAUCCCAUUUCAGCUUCUCAAAUGCUAGGAUGGGCUUGUGCUUCAUUUGUCUAUUUUGUAGUCUACUUGUAAUUUCCUACAAUUGCAGCAGAAAAAAAUGUUCGAGACAGAACUCACCUGGUUGGAUGUUCAACUAAUACCCAAAAUUGAAAAUCUGAUUGCCCAGAACAAAGAAACUGUAUGCUUAGCCUGACUGUCUUGGUACACGCCUUUAAAUCCUAGCACUUGGGAGGCAGAGGCUGGUGGAUCUCUGUGAGUUCAAGGCCAGCCUGGUCACAAAUCCAGAAUAGUUUAUAAUCCCAGCAUUAGGGAAAAAGCAACAGGCCACCAGUAGGGCCCACCAAGGUGGCAAACACCUUUAAUCUUAGCAUUUGGGAGGCAGAGGCCUAGUCUCCAUAGCAAGUUCCAGGAUAGCCAGGGUUAUAUAGUGAGACCCUGUCUUGAAAAAAAAGAAAGAAGAAAAGAAAAGAAAGGGGCUAGAGAGAUGGCUCAGGGGUUAAGAGCACUGGCUUCCAGAGGUCCUGAGUUCAAUUCCCAGCAACUACAUGGUAACUCAUAACCAUUUAUAAUGAGAAUGGAUGCUGUCUUCUGGUAUGCAGGUAUACAUGCAGACAGAACAUUGUAUACAUAAUAAAUAGAUCUUAAAAAAAAGAAAAGAAAAGAAAAAUAAG